AUGGUCUCACAAGCGCUGCCACGCCCGUCCCACGAUGGUGACACCGUCCAACCGACCUUGUCCAAAACACCCCAGGCCGACACGUGCAGUAGUGGUACCACCAUCAUCAUUGCGGGGGAAAAGACAGAAGAUGAUGUCUCCAGGGAUCCCCCCUACUGCAUUCUGCCCGAGAGGCAGAAGAUCUUCAUCAUGAUCACCGCGUCCUUUGCGGGUGUCAUCUCGCCCCUCUCCAGCACCAUCUACUUCCCAGCCCUGACCACCCUCGCCGAUGCCAUGGAUGUCUCGAUCGGGCGAAUCAACCUCACCAUCAUGGCCUACCUGAUCUUCCAAGGCCUUGCCCCCUCGUUCAUCGGCUCCUUCUCCGACACCCACGGCCGCCGCCCGGCCUACCUGAUCUGCUUCACGAUCUACCUUGGCGCGAACAUCGGUCUAGCCUUACAGAGCAACUACGCCGCGCUGAUGGUCCUGCGCUGUGUCCAAGCUUGCGGGAGCAGCGGGACCAUCGCCCUGGGCAGCGCCGUCGUGGCCGACGUGUCCACGCGAGCGGAACGAGGGAAAUACAUUGGCUACGCCAGCAUGGGAGUGACGCUGGGCCCGGCCCUGGGCCCCGUCAUCGGCGGCCUGUUGGACCAUUUCCUCGGAUGGCGCUGGAUCUUCUGGUUCCUGACCAUCCUCGGCGGAGUGUUCUUCCUCCUCAUCAUCGCGAUCUUCCCCGAGACCUGUCGCGCAGUGGUAGGGAAUGGCUCCAUCCCAGCAUCGAGAUGGAACCGUCCUCUCCUCAGCGUCCUGCUCCCUCCAGUCAACAGACAGGAUACACCCCAAGACACCACCACCACCACCCUCCCAAAACGCCCCAACCCGUUCCGCUCCGCCCUCCUGGCCAACGACAAAGAGAACCUGCUCAUCCUGGUCUACAGUGCCUUCCUCUACGCGGGACUGGUCAUGGUGCUAAGCACGCUCUCACCCGAGCUAGUAACGAAAUACGACUUCAACUCGAUCCAAGUCGGGCUCUGCUACCUCCCCAUGGGCCUAGGCAGCCUGACCUCCCGGUGGACAGUGGGAACCCUGCUCGACGUUAACUUCCGGCGGGAAGCGCGUCUGCAGAAUCUCCCGAUCAUCAAAAACCAACAACAAGACAUCACCUCGUUCAACAUCGAACGUGCCAGACUCACAGUCACUAUCCCCCUCAUGUACCUCGCCUCCAUAGUCUUCAUCGCCUAUGGCUGGGUCAUGAACUACAAGACCUCGCUCGCCGGGCCGGUAAUAACACUCUUCGUCGGAUCGCAUUUGAUCACGGGGGCCUUCACGGCGCUGAGCACGUUGAUUGUGGACGUGAAUCGGCAGAGUCCGGCCACGGCGGUGGCGGCGAAUAAUCUGUUCCGAUGUCUGCUGGGGGCGGGGGCCACGGCUGUGGCAGCCCCGAUGAUUGAUUCUUGGGGGAUUGGCUGGACGGCGACGUUUAUUGCGCUCAUGUGGGUGGUGCUGAGUCCGGCCAUGUGGGCGAUUUAUCGUUGGGGGUUGGGGUGGAGGAAGCUCAAGGUGGGUGGGGGGGAGGAAUAG